AUGGCGGAGCAGACUCAGUUUGGGUGCUCCUCUGCCGUCCUCCCUGACCCUCCCUUCGUCACUCCUGGUCCUGAUGGCUCCCCCAGCUCCUUCUCGAUCUUCCCUCACUGCCGCCUUCCCUGGCCCAGGGUCCUGGAACCAAGUUUAGAACUGGGUCCUAGUUCUGCCCAGAUGGUUCAAAUGCAGAAAGGGUCUCCCGCGCGCGCGGGGAGUUCUGCUCGCGUUUCGGAUCCCUCAGACCUCGUGUGUUUUGGCCGUCGCCCGUGUCCCCUCGCGCUGGAGUGGUCGGUGUCGGACACCGUGGCUCCGGCCGGGGCGGAGCCCUGGGCGACCCUGGAGGCGCCCGCCCGCCUCCUGUUGCAGGCACUGCAGGCGGGGCCCGAGGGCGCGGGGCGCGGGCUGGGGGUUCUGCGCGCACUGGGCCGCCGCGCGGAGCACUUCCCCUGGGGUGGCUUCCUCGAGGCGCUGGGCCGCGCUGAGCCCGAGGUGCGGGGCCCGGACGGCCGCCUGGAGCUGCUCCCACUGUUGCUACGGUUGCCUGGGGUGUGCCGGAAGAACCUGAUGUCCCUGCUCAUGGCUGUUCGACCCUUGCUACCUGAAAGUGGCCUCCAUUCUAUGCUUCAGCUUGCCCAGCGAGACACAGCAUCUACCCCUGAUGCCUGGCUCCAUGCCCUCUGGGAGCUGCUAAGAAGGGAUGUGGGGAUUAGAAUCUCUGUGGAAGGAGCUUCUCCACUGUCCACAAGCUGUCAGUCACAGCUCCGAGACCUGUGUGGACGGCUGGGCCAGGGGCAUAGGGGGUUGAAAUUGGCUCAGGCUUCAGCUCCUGAACAGGGGGAACAGCACUCGCAGCUGUGUGGCAAACGCAAGGAACCAGAGGAAGACCCUGCCAGCCCUGAGUCAGAGAGAGCCCCUAAAAGGUUCCAAGGUUUGGCGGCAGAGGAGGGAAAGGACCAGGAAGAGAGACCCAGGCUGGAGUCAUUGCAGUCCCCAUCAGAUGCAGGAGGCCUGUCACCUGAUCCAAAGCAGAUUGCUACUGAAGCCAAGAUCCCUGAGACUGGCCCAGGUGUGGAGGAGGCCAAGGGUCCAGCUCAGAGUGUGGAGUUGCCCAAAGUUGUCCAGGACCGGGUGCCCGGGCUGCAGCAGCUGCUGAAGGCCUUCCAGGAGGGUCUGGAGGGGUUGGAACCUGAGCCUCCAGUGGACCUGCAGUUUCUCCACGAAUGCAGUCCCAGCCAGAUGGAGUUGCUCUGCAGCCAGCUGCAGCUGCCCCAGCUGCCUGAUGGAGGCCUCCUGCAGCUCUGCAGCUGCCUGCUGAGUCUCACACCAGCCCUCAGCAUCAGCAGUGCCUGUGUGUUGGCCAGGAGCCUCUUUCUUGACCGGAUCCUGUCACUGCAGGCCUCCGCCUCCAGGCUGCUCAGGGUCGCCCUCAUCUCCUUCUGUGUGAAGUACACCUACCCAGUCUGCCAAGCAGUCCUUGUUCCCCUUCUCCAGGACCCAGGGAUGGGUCCCAUGCAGACAGAGGUGCUGUGCUCCCUCAUAAAGGAUGAGGCCCUAGAGCCAGACAUACAUGUCCAGAUUCUGGGGCAGGUCCUGGAGCUGGGCUGGAGGGAGGAGACAUUCCUGGUGUUGCAGGCACUCCUGGAACGGCAGGUGGAGAUGACCUCUGAGGUGUUCAGCGUCUUGGUGCAAAGGCUCUGCAAAGAGGGUCCAGCAGCCACCACCUCCAUGGCCUACGCCAAGCUGAUGCUGACAGUGAUGACCAAGUUCCAGGCGAGUAUCUCAGAACAGCAGAGCCUGGACCUGGCUGUGGCCCUUGAGCCCAACACUACUUUCCUGAAGAAGUCCCUUCAGGCAGCGCUGAGACAUCUGGCCCACUGACCACCCACAAGGGCAUGGUUCCCUGACUCCUUGCCCAGGAAUACACACUAAGCCAGCUCUCAAGUCAACUGUCUCUUGCCCAAAACUCCUGGCUGCUCGGAGCCAUCUUGACUUCAGAGAGGAAGCUGUAGGCUCCACGAUGCCUGCCAUUCCUGAUCACAAUAAAGGGAUGGCAGAGGACCA